AUGAGAGAAUCCGACGAUUCGAUUCAACCUGCUGGUGUGGUUCAAGAACAAAGUCGAUCACAUAGAUCAUCAUGCUCAAAUGCUCUGCCUCCAUCGCUUCCACCUAGACCGCGUAACAAAUCCAUCGUCCAAGAGGAUCAGACAAACCUUGAAGCUGCCCCGCAUGCUCGUUUCGAUCAAGAAAUUGCGAACGAUAUGAAUGAGAACAACGCCGUUAUUAACUCACUUGAACAGCCUACCAAGAUACCUUUGUCAGAAAAUUUAGAUCAUCAUGUUGAUCCUGAACUAGAAUUCUCCGCAGCGCUUUCUAAUCAUUCAGAAGUUUCAGGGACUACUUUAUCUGAUCAAACCAAUACAUAUGAUCAACUUCAAUCGUAUAAUCUAAUCAAAGAAGAAAAUGAUCUCCGAACAUUAGAAGAACUUGAAGAUUUAGAAAUUGAUGAAUUUCUUAAACGAGCAUCAAAACAAUUAAAGGAAGUAACGAUCCAAACCAUAACCCAAGACGAAACCAAACCGAUUCUGAUCCCGAAACCAUCUGAUUUCACAAUAACUUCAACCAAUGAAAUAGAUUGGUUAAAAUAUGGAGAAAGUUAUUUGAUUUAUCAACUUGAAUCUUUUUGUCCUACUUCACUCUUUAGUACUGAAGUGAUUCCUAAUGCUUCUGUUGGUCAAUUAAGAGUUUAUCUUCAACGUUGUUAUGUACUUGCUCCACCUGAGUUUUGGAAUUCUCUUUUAGAAGGUAAGAUUGGUGAUCUUUAUCGAUGGACUCAUCCAACCCGAUCAGCCAAAUAUUGUUUACUUUAUAUCAUUUUAUGGAUCUUUGAUCUUAUUCCAAGUUUCAUCAUCGUUUACUUUCUUUAUUUGAUUAUUGAAAGACAAUUCAAACCACCACCGAUCUCACAACUCAAACAAGAAUCAAAUCAAAGAAGAUUAUUGAAUCAAGAAGCAGAGCAAUUAGGUACAGGCCUUUUAUUACUUAAAGAUAAUGAAGGCAAUCAUUUAAGUAUGUUGGCAAAAGGAAUUGGUGGUAGUACUUCUGUUUUUGCUGCUCCUGUCAUACCUGGACUUUCUUCUAAUUCAUCAAAAGAUCAACCAAGAAAUCUUGAAGGUCCUAGUAAAGUUAAAGAUCAUGUUGGUAUUUAUAGAUUAGGUCGUUGUCUUUAUAGUCAUUAUGGGAUUCACGUUCAAUUGAUGUUAUCUGAUUUUGCAGAAAUAGGUGAAAAAAUUAAAAAUCUGUAUCUUUGGAGAAAUCCAAGUUCAUGUAAACAAACCUGUUUAAAACUUUUAAUAAUCUUGAUUUAUACAAUCACCAUUUCACAAAAAUGGUUAAUCAAGAAUUUCUUAGCUUGGUUAGGAUUUGAAUUUUUCUUUGUGUUUAGAUUAAUCGAAAAAUAUCCAAAGUUUCGAAAAUUAUUAAAUCCGAUUUAUUUAAUUUUUUAUCAAAUUCCAAAUGAUACUGAAUACGUUUUAGAAAUCUUAAAGAACAGAUCAAUUAAAACUUCAAAACUUCAAGAAGAAUCAAACCAAGUUAAAGGAAAUCAAAAAAAGGAAGUUGUAGAUCGGGAUUUCGAAAGAAGAAGCUCGAUUGAAGAUAAUCAAAGUAAUUCUUCUGGUAGUGAUAGGUCUAAGAGGUGGAGGAAAAAAGCUGUAGAAAGUGGAGUAGAAACUUAUAGAAGAAUAAGAAAGACUUAUCAGGAGUAUAAUGAUAAAUCAGAUCGAUCAAGCCGAAAUUUGAAUAGUAAUGAAGGAAAUCAAAACCACAGAACAUUUGCAAUCUUGAAUGGCAAAGCACCGGGUACUCUGGCUAUCAAACAAGAUGAGAUUUGGUUUGAACCUAUGAAAGGAUUUAGAACCAAAGUGAAAUCGUCUAUCAAACCAAAUGAAGAAAGUUUAAUAGAUGUAAAUGAUCAAGAUCUCAUGAAGAUUGGGAAUGAGAAAUCUAGUUUAUUGAAUGUGUUGGUAUUUGAAGCUAAAAAGAUUGUUAGGAUUAAAAAAAUUAGGUCUUUUGGAUUUGGAAUGAUUGGUGGUGAUGGAAUUGAAAUUCAAAUUGAAAAUCAAAUUGUUAGAUUUGGUAAUGUUUCUCAUAGAGAUGAAACUUUUCAUAAGUUAUUAUUAAUGUCUAGUUUAUCUAAUAAACUUUUAUCUUCACAUACUUCUUAA